UUGGGCAGGGCCUUUCUCAGUCACUAAGGCCUCUGGUUAUGAAAGUGCCAGGUCAGAUGGUGGUCAGGGGCCUGAGCCCUCGGGUGAUUGAUCCGCUGGCCCAGCAGCGUCCAGCCCACAGGUGGGCCUGGCGAGCAUGCCCUGCAGUCAGUCUGUGGGCUCAGAAGUGAGCCAAAGCGUCCUGGGGAGGGACCUCAGAGCACAGGCUUCUCGUCUGGCUCCUCACAGAGCCGCCUCCGGGGCCAGCGCUUCUCCACGGCCAGAAUGACCACCCUGAGGGCCAGGACCUUCAGUGAAUGGCUCGGGGUGCCCAGGAGCCGUGCUGGCCGGGCUACUGCUCUUCUGGUGGAAACAAGCCAAGAGCCUGUGUGUUUGGGGGACCCCUACACCUUGAAGUGGCUGGAGCUUCUGCAGGCUCCUUGGCUGUGACUUCUUGAGAUCUUUGCUCACUUGGAAUAAGGGGCCAUGUUUUCAUUUGGCAUCCUGGCCUGCAGGCUCUUUGGGGGACACUCCGACCUUUGAGAAGGGCCAGGAGCCCCCCAGAAUGCACCACAGAGGACAGAGGAAGAAGGGGGCUUCUUGGGGGCAGUUCAGGCGGAGGAACUGCAGCGCCUGGGCCCGAGGUGGGAGGGAUGGGCUUCGGUUUCCAGGGCGGGAUGCUCAGCAGCCAGGCCUCCUUUGGCCAAAUCCCCAGCUCUUUCGGGGCCCUGAGAAGAGAGCACCCUCCCCCCCGGAGGAGGGGCUCUGUCCCAGCCUAAUAAUAACUCCGGCGCGCUGGCCCAGCUACCAGGCUAUUUUUAGAGUCCCUGACCCAGCCCACGUGACUCAGCCCGUGCUGGGACAAGAAUGUCACAGGAUGGCUGAAGGCCAUGAUGCUCUAGGGACCAAGCGUGGGCAGGCCAGGCCCGGGGCACAGGAGGGCCGGCCAGCGGAACCCUCCUUCCUGCCUCGCGCCCUAAGCCAUGGGUGCCCUGGGUGCCUCCAGCCCUCAGCCCCACCGGCCUGCGGCUCCCUCCCUGCGGCGCCCGGCUCCUCCCCCAGGCCAAGCAUGGAAAAUCUGAUGUCAGAAUUCCAGCCUCAGCAAAGAAUGUGGCCCGACCUUCACCUCCUGGGGAGCCAAGCCCGAGGCCCAAGGGGGCUGGGCCGGGUCUCCCCCUCCCUGCAGGCGUCCGGGCCAUGGGGGCCACCUUUCCUUCUCUCCACCCUGGCCCCCACCGUGGCCCUGGCCUCACUGGUUCUGGCGCCCUCACCCUGGCACUGGGCACCUGAAGGUGCCUCCCGGAGUAUCCCUGGCCAUCCUGCCCCCAGCAGCCCAGUUCCUCCGUGUGGCCACCGGCUGGCCAUUUGUCACUGGAAGGGUUUCUGGAGCAGCUCUCUAGGGCAGGGUGGAGCGGGGGAGGCGGACUCCUGUUCCAGCUCGCAUCACCGGACCGCCUGGCUGCACGGAGGCCCUGGUCCCAUCCACUCCUCCAGGAGUGUCUGGCUGCCUGCGCCUGUCCUGGACUACCUCUUAAACUUCCCGCCAAGACAGAGAGAAACAAAACCCCAUAACGCCUGGGACAGCCAGGGGUCACACUGCUCUGAGAAUCUGGCCGGACUUUGUGCUGCCGUGAGACGGGCAGACGUCCUGGAAAGCGGGGAGUGCGGCUGGCACUGCUGCCUGGAGGGAGCCGCACCCAGGGAGAUGGGCGGCCGUGCGCGCGGGCUCCGGGUCAGGACCCCGGCCUGCGCCAGCCUGGCCGUGAGGGUUGCUUUCUGUGGCUUACAUGGAGACCUCAGCCACUAGGAAUUAAAGCCAGUCCUCCGAAAUAGCUAUUGGGUCAGCGAGGCCAGAAGACCGCAGCCCCGGGGCACGUGGGACACAAUGAACUUGAAACACUGCUGGUCACUGUCCUGGGAUGUGCCAGCCACUCUCCCUGGAGAUGGACUGACGGACCUAAAUGCUGUCACUGCAAAUAGGACUGAAGAGCUAGAAUUAGCCAAGUGCAGCAGUUAAAAAGGACAACACAAAACCACCUUGGGGGAAAAACAGAUCACCUCACAAGAAAAAACUAAGAAACUAGAGACACAAUCAAAAAUGAUCCAUAGCUCCAAAUGCUGGUCUAUGGGAAACACAGCAACAGAUAAGGAAGUCCAUGGCAAUCAGGGUUUGGAAAAGGGACGAAAAUAGAAAUGCGCACAGUGACAGCAGCAGCAGACACGCAGGUGAGACACGGAGGUCCCAGUUUAAUUGGGACUGUAUAAAAAUGUGUAAAGAUGUGAAAAGUAAACACUGUACAAAAAUGUAAAAUUUAAA